AUGAAUGUCAGUAUAAGCGCACAACUUGGUCUCCCCGCCACUGUUCACCUGGAUCAGGGGCUUGUGGAAUUGAUAAGUUCAAGACCGCCAUGGCUACCGUUUACUUUAUUCUCUCAGCUGCAGAUUGCGCGACACGCUUUGAGCAUCGGAACCAUUCCUGCCAGCGGCUCGUUAUCCACCCUCGGCUCAUUCUUCGAGAUUGAACUGCGCAUCGUGGAGGAGCAAUCCACCGCGUUCUGGUCGCCAACCGAUCGUAUCAUAUUUCUCGGUACUAAAUUAAUGCUAUACAUCUGUACCAGAGAGGCCACAUCGUCUUGGUGGUUGAUCAACGGGUAUCUCACAGCAACUUCUAUAGUGCAGGUUGCUGCAUCUGGAGACUUUCCAUGGGCAUAUGCUCCCCUUCGAAUUCACAAGAUCGUCUUGAACGCCGUGUGUCUGCUUCUCCUUCUGAAAUGCACUCGGUACCGUCACCCAAUUAGUACUGAUACAUUCGCUCUCAACAAUCUCAUCUGUCGUGGAAGAGAGCUGCUGAGUCAACUACCAACCUCAUCGGGGGAUUUCAUAUCCCGUGUGUUGAUGGUCGUUGAUCUGCUUAGUGACGUUUCCGGGAGACCACGGUCAGAAAAUGAUUUGGAAAAGCUCCUAGUUAUAAAAACCAGAAUGGGCGCAAAUAUCGCGUUGAGCGCUGCGAAAUUUGCAAGGGAAGAAUCGAUGAGGAUGCAGGAAGGUAUUGGUAAUCAGACAUUGUUGAAUCCAUCAGAGUUGGCGGGCAUGGAGGAUCUCGACAUGUUACUGGACAUGGACUGGGGACUGGAAUAG